AUGGCCGUUGAUCGAUUAAAUCGUAAAUUAUCUUUUGUUACAACAUUUUUUGCAUUUGUUGGUGUUAUUCUUGGUGUUAUUGCAUUAGUUACAAAUUACUGGACAUCAACAAAUGUUCGGUUAACAAAUCAAACUGCAGAAAUAGCAAAUAUAACAAUACCUAUAAAUGAAACAGUUGGUCGCAAAUGGAAUGGUCUUCUCUAUAAAUGUUCAACAUAUGAAAAUAUUCCAUGUGUAUUUGAUUUAAUAGAAACAACAUUUAUACUUUGUUUAGUAGGUUUAAUAUUUUUAUUCAUUGGUGGUAUAUUUCUUUGUUGGGAUAUAUUAAAAAUAAGUGGUAGAAGAUAUAUUAUUCCAAUGUUAUUUUUUAUUGCUUGUGUAUUAAUGACAGCUGGUAUUUUUGAAUAUGGUUCAUCAUCAUUAUUGAAUUCUCAUUCAUCACGAAUAAUGAUUUCUGCUAUUGUUUUUUCUUAUACAGCUUUACCUAUUGCUGCUUUUAUUUCUGGUCGAUAUUCAACUUUUGAUCAUUUUGUUACUAAUGUACAUGUUAGUCAUGGACAAAAAUAUGUACCAACUUCAACAAAUGGAAAUUAA